AUGACCAGCGCUGAGCUCGAUGCCUGCUUCUCACUCGUCCGAGCGACGAGCCAGAGAGACUAUGAGGGCUCUUCGCGUGGCUGGGAUCCACCCGCCAAGAGGGAGGAGAUGCGGCACCCCGAUCUGCGGUACAUUCUGGUCAGAGACGCGCACUCCGUCGUCCAGGGCUUCACCAGCCUUAUGCCCACCAUCGAGGAGGGCCAGCCAGUGGUCUACUGCUACGAAAUUCAUCUCGAGCCCGACCUCCGUGGCACCGGCUUGGCGAAGUUAUUGAUGGAUCUGCUGGAGACGGUGGCCUACAAUAUCGACGUAGUCGACAAGGUCAUGUUGACCGUCUUCACCUGCAACAAAAGGGCUCUCGAAUUCUACCAAAAGUGUGGCUUUGUGAGGGAUGAGAUAAGCCCUCAGCCCAGGACGCUCAGGGGCGGAAAGGUCAAAGUGCCGGAAUACGAGAUCCUGAGCAAGCCCGUUGAGCGACGCGGACACACGACCGCGACCGCAGGCGGCGCUGCACCGAAUGUUGGACCGGGCGGGGAUGUCUCCUCUACUCAAGACGAGCAAGAUCAAGGCGUUGAGGAGUCAACUGUAGAGCCUUCCAGGCCGGCCAAGAUCGCGAGGCUCGACCGUGCCGAGACAGCCAUGUGA